AUGCGUCAAGUAGUGAAUCGUCAGGGCAACCCUGUCGCGGAUGGAGACGACAGCGUUGUGAUGCAAGGGCUCGUAAAGCUGGCCCCAUCUGUCUUGGACUUUGGUCGCAAUCACAUCAAACGCCGCCCGGCUGCAUCGGAAGUUUCUGUGAAACCAACCAUCGAGCUGUUCAUCGUCUUGCACACGAGCCCAGGGCGUCCGUCCAUCGUGGCGAUGAUUGCCGCCGCCAUGGCAGCCAUCGUGACCACCAACUCUGGCCUCAUGUCAAGUAGUGGAACCCCCACCGCCAAAGAAGCGCUUGACGGCAAAGCACGCAGCCACGAAGCGUAG